AGCUAGCAAUCUACUAGCGUCCAGCAGCACCAUCCAACUGGCUCAUCCGCAAGCGAACCCGAUGGAUCCAAUCACAAGGCCGGCAGCUCCAUCGUUCCAUCGGCCAGCAGUCGCGACCGCGAAGCAUCUCCAUCAGGCCGCCGCCACCUUGGCUCGGAGGAAUGGAGUCAGCAGGAGGUGCCUUCUGACGCUGCUGAUGUCCACUGCGGCCAUACCUGGCGGCAGCGAAUCGAGGAAGGCUCUACUGCAAGAGUAUCUGAAGAAAUCGAAGGAGAACAAGGAAAAGAACGACAAGGAGAGGCUGGAUGACUACAACAAGAGGAACUACAGGGACUACUUCGGGCUCAUCGAGGGCCAGGUCAGAGAGAAGACGGAAGAGGAGCGCACGGAGUCGGAGAAACGGAUCCUCGAGUGGCUCGACAAGAACAGGUAGUCUAAUGAGCAGGAUCGAAUGGUCGAUCAUGGAGGGCCGGCCGGUCGCACGGGGUGAAAAUUCUCGCAGGAUUCUUCGUGUUCCCGCUCUAGCUAUGGCACGCUUUGUGUAAACAAGUACUCCGUAUAUGAUUGACUGAGCGUACUACGUCGUGUUUGUUUUCCUGUUACAGCGAGAGCGAGCGAGGAAACAUGUUAUCUCGUUCGCAACAUAAACAAAGAUUAGAAAAUUUCAAAUA